AACCUUCCUGCUGUGUCUGCGGCUCUCCGUCGGAACGCUUUCAUCGGGACAACGGGGGUCAACUUCGAAGCAGCCGUUGAAGCUGAACCCGUGAGGAAGAUGAGCACCAAACAGGUGACUUGCAGGUAUUUCCUCCAUGGCGUCUGCAGGGAGGGCAGCCGCUGUCUGUUCUCUCACGACCCGAGCAGCAGCAAACCCUCCACCAUCUGCAAGUUCUACCAGAGAGGAGUCUGCGCCUAUGGAGAGCGCUGCAGGUACGAUCACAUCAGACCUUCGUUCAGAGCAGGAGGGGGAGGAGCUUCAGAGGAUGCAGCAGGUGGAGGCGGAGCUGGAGGCCGAGCGGGAAGGGGUGGGCCCAGGAAGACUCUGGUCCUGAGAGACAGAGUUCUGGGUUCUGACAGUGUGUUCGGAGGUCCGGCCGACGCUGUGGGGUCGGAGGUCACAGCGGCCGCAGCAGCUCCUCAGUCGUAUGUGGACGCCAUCCGGACAGGACUGGACGCUGCAGCACCAGAACCAGUAGCUCCUCCCCCAACAGGUGGGGCUUAUCAGGACCUCCCCCAGCUGUGUCCAUAUGCAGCUGCUGGACACUGUUACUAUGACGACAGCUGUCCAUAUCUCCAUGGCGACCUGUGUGAGGUGUGCGGACUGCAGGUGCUCCACCCCCACGACCCUGAGCAGAGGAGGAUGCACGAGAAGAUCUGUCUGCUGGCCUUCGAGGCCGACAUGGAGAAGGCGUUUGCAGCUCAGCUCAGCCAGGACAAGGUGUGUUCCAUCUGUAUGGAGGUGGUGGUGCAGAAGGCAAACCUGUCCGACCGCAGGUUCGGUAUCCUGUCCUCCUGCUGUCACACCUUCUGUCUGGCCUGCAUCCGACAGUGGCGCUGCACCAGAAACUUCUGCAACAAGAUCAUCAAGUCGUGUCCAGAGUGUCGAGUUGUCUCCGAGUUCGUCAUCCCGUCGGUGUACUGGGUGGAGGACCAGGAGGAGAAGGACCAGCUGAUCGACCUCUUCAAGUGUGGAGUCAGUAAAAAGGCCUGCAAGUACUUCGACCAGGGCCGGGGCUCGUGUCCGUUUGGAGCCAAGUGUUUGUACCUUCACGCCUUCCCAGACGGAACCAGAGCAGAACCCGACAAGCCGCGGAAACAGCUGAGCUCCGAGGGGAACGUCCGGUUCAUGAACAGCGUCCGGCUCUGGGACUUCAUCGAGGAGCGCGAGCAGCGGUCGGUCCCGCCCCUGCCGUCCCUUGAUGAUGACAUCACAGAGCUCCGGGAGCUCUUCAUGCAGAUGUCGGGGCCGAGCCACGACGACACAGAGGCCCCGCCCACCUCCGACCAGUAGAGACCGGACUGUCUGGUCUCCACAGUGACGGCGGGACUCGACGCCACAUUAAAGCCUCAUUACAUCAUGUGAUCACUCUGUUGUGUAGAAUCCAUCCUGUUUGGUGACGGACUCCAGAUGUUAGCGGCUUUUAUUUAUUGUGUGUGAAGUAAAACAGAGUCAGAGUGAAACAACUCCACCAGACUCCCUGUAAUAAACCUCACAGAUACCACGCCUGCUCUUUGUGCUGAUGCCUGAUUGAGUCGUGUACAGCUCAGGUUCUGGAGCAUAGAGCGGGUUCAGAGGAAGUUCCCUGCUGGACCAGCAGCCAAUCAGAAGCCUUGCAUGAGCAGUGACCCUAACCCAGACCAAUGAGGUUUGAGAUGUGUGCAGCCGUUAUUCUGAUGAACCUGGAGCCCAGACAUGUGACUGGGUCGACUGGGUCGACUGGUCAGAAUGAGGUUAUGAAGCUACGACUGGUCACAGAUUGAGAUUUACACUAAACUGCAGUCUGAACAACAAGCAGGAUGAUUAAAGCGGAGGAUGUAGAACACCGACGGUUCUGUGUGACUGGACCUCUAAAGGUGCCACAGAUCGUCUAGUGACCAAUCAGAACAGAGCUGGUGUGUUCUGGAGUGGCGGGUGAUCAUCUUGAGGUGUUGGGUUGAAGGUUUUACUGGAGACUUCAACAUAAACCGACCUGACACAGAAACUCUGGUUCUGGUUCUGGUUCAGUCACAACUUGGAUCCAAACUGCUGCUGGAGGUAAAUCAGAGACAGAACCUUGGUGCUGGUAUUCCUGAAUCCUUAUCAAUAACACAUUCACAGAUGUUUGUACAAAUCUGAAAACCUCCAGAACCAGAACCAUCCUCCUGGAACAUCUGAUCUGUGGCUGGGUUCAGCUUCUGGGUUCAGGUUCUUUGGUUCCUCUUCAUCUGUUAAACACAACCGGAGGCAGCAGGUCAUUGUUGGACAUCAGAACCAGUUCUAUCCCCUACCUGGUAAAAUAACGUUUCUCAAGUGGAAGCUGACUUGGUGCCUGAGUUCCUGUUUCACAGCGAGAUCCAAAGUAUCUAUCCAAACCGACAAAGUUCUGCUGUUCUGGGCUCAUUUCAGAACCACAGCUGGACUCAGUUUAGUUUGACUGAUCACAGUUUUAAUUAUAGUCUUUAUAAAGGAUGAGUUUUAAUGUGUGUGAGAGGAGAUGCUGUUCCACUGAGGAGUAAUCUGACUACUGUGAGCUGUUCGACCUGCUGAGCGUCAGGAUUCCUCGUCACUGCUUCAGCAUCCUUCAGCUCUCGUUGUUUGUUUUUGCUUUAAAAUUCAUCUUCAUAUAGAAAAUGUUCUGGUUCUGAACUUCUGACGUGUGUUUCAGCCUCACUGUUGAAACUGAUGAUGACCCAAAGAAGCUCAAAGAAACAGAAAUCAGAUUCAGAUUCAGAUAAAUCUAUGAGUUUUAUUAUCUGUGUAUGAAUAAAUUGUGUGUUUUACAGCG